UGAAGAAGAACGUCGCCAAAGACAGUUUGACGUUAUUUAUUACUGUGUUUAUGAGACCCGAGUUAUAUGUAGCUUAGCUAGAGUAGCCUCCAAAUAUCAUAUUAGUAACGUUAGCUAGCUAGCCGUCUUGAAAUGAAGAUGUCAACAAGUGCUGUCACGAUGUUAAUCAUCACUGCUACUGUAUGCAGCCUGUUGCUCGUUGCUCAAGGGCAGGUGGACGAUGAGGAAUGGAUUGAUCCCUAUGAUAUGUUGAACUACGAACCAAGCACAAAGACCAUGAGAAAGCCUGCUGAGGUUUCACAGCUGCCUUCAUGCAAUCUGGUGUUCAAGCAAUUCCUCACCAAGUUUCUGAAGGAGAUUGAAAGAUUUGGCCUGCCCAGUGAUUUCCAGAAUGAUCUCUACUACGACGCCAAAGUGAGACUGUCUCGGCAAGCGUUGGCGGAGAUCUGGAAGCUUCUGGAGGGAAUGGACAGCUGUAGAAUGGGGGAUCUGGACGAUGUCCUCAGCCAGGUCCUGGUGGAUCUCAAGCCACGUGACCUCGAGGCCUCGAGAUGGCACUUUGAGGACACCUUUGGGGUAGAGAUCGACACAGUCAUGAAGGUGUUUGUUUGUGUCUUAAUUAUAGUGGUCAUCAUCUGCAGCGAGCUGCGGUCUACAGUCUCCUGGUUUGUCCAGUUCAAGCGAAUCUUCGCCAUCUGCUUUGUCAUCAGUCUGGUGUGGUUUUGCUUCUUCCUCUACAAGAUUGGUACAGAGGUGCCAUGACUCUCCAGGAAGGUCUCUGUAAGAUGUACAACGAAGUCCUCAACGUCACCCCAAUCCUUCUCGUACCCCAAGCUAUGGUAACCUGUAGUUGACAACCGGGGUUGGGGACAAUUCCAUUUCAGUUCAGCCAUACAGGAUGUAAGUGCAGAACCUUUGGUCUAGCGGUAAUGCUCUAGGCACAUAAAUUGCUCCCUACCGGAGACCAGGGAUCAAACCCCAACUCCAACCCUUAUAUCCUUCCCAUCUCUCUGUAUCCGUCUCUAAUUCUACCUGUCCAAAUAAAGUAAACGAUGAGUGAAUCCUUCCUGCAUUGACUGCACUGAAAUGGAAUUGACCUGUUGAUGAUCAAUAACCUGUGUAGCAUUUAGCCUAUUUCCAAUAGGAUGUGGUGUGUCGUUAUGUCUCUGUCGGCAAUCACUAUGUCCAUCACUAACUUCUUCACGGAAACUCAGAAGCACUUUGGCCAGAGGAUCAGCGAGUUGCUCGUAGCCCUCAAGGACCUACCGGUAACCCGGGAUAUCCCUGUGCUUUCCAUCCCGGUGCUUUCUGUCCUGGUGUUUAUGUACUGUAGAUGCCAGGCAGCCAUCAAGCACGGCAUUACGAGACUGCUGCGCAUCGGCAGUCUCGGACCAGCCAUGGACCAGCCCGAGCCCCAGGCCCAUCUGAGAGGUACAAACCACGACCCACUGGCAGGGGGGGAGGCCCCUCAAUGCUCCUCUCCCAGAAACGUGGAGACCCUGAGGAACGAUGACGUCCAGGAAGAGAUACAACAACCAGUUGUAGCUGGGGCCACAACUGAAGGCAAUGACUCACAAGAAGCUAAACCCUCUCCAGCUAAAGCCAAACCCAAUGAGAGGGACGUGACAUCUGAAUCUAAGGUGGCUACUGACGGGGAGUCUAAGCAGCUGGCCGAGAGGCAGACCUCACCAACUACACAAGGGAAUAAUAUGCAGGAGAAGUCAUCAGAAGAGAAGAUUUCAUCCAUCUCAGGGCAGCAUGGUGAAACAGAUGGGGUGCCUGUACAAGAGACUGAACCAGCGUCGCUAGCGCUAUAGACGAUGUUCUUGUCAUUGACAGCAGUGCGAAAUCUCAAAUCCAUGAGUUGGAUGCCUUAAGCCAGUUAUGAAGAUGCAGUUUAUCAAGAGAAUAAAGAAUAGUUUUAUUUCAUUUUUUGAAAAUGUUUUUCAGUUUACAAUGUAGGCCGUAGUGAUUUUUUGCUUUUUUUAAAGAUGUUUGUUUACCUGUCUUAUGUUCAUUUUUUUUGUUAGGGAAAGACCAGCUUUAAUAUUGCAUAUAGAUUGUAUAGAUUCCAUCAAUGUAAUUGUCUGCAUCAUUUACAAACCCCAUUUUUUUUGUUUAUAUAUAUUUAACACACAGUACUGUUCAAAACACUAGUCUCAACAUCAACAGUGAAGAGGCGAUGCUGGCCUUCCAGGCAGAGUUCCUCUGUCCAGUGUCUGUUAUUUUGCCCAUCUUAAUCUUUUCUUUUUAUUGGCCAGUCUGAGAUAUGGCUUUUUCUUUGCAACUCUGCCUAGAAUUCCAGCAUCCCGUAGUCUCCUGUUCACUGUAGAUGUUGAGACUGGUGUAUUGCGGAUACUAUUUAAUGAAGCUGCCAGUUGAGGACUUGUGAGGCAUCUGUUUCUCAAACUAGACACUAAUGUACUUGUCCUCUUGCUCAGUUGUGCACUGGGGCCUCCCACUCUUUCUAUUCUGGUUAGAGCCAGUUUGCGCUAUUCUGUGAAGGGUGUAGUACACAGCGUUGUACGAGAUCUUCAAUUUCUUGGCAAAUUCUCGCAUGGAAUAACCUUCAUUUCUCAGAACAAGAAUAGACUGACGAGUUUCAGAAGAAAGUUCUUUGCUUCUGGCCAUUUUGAGCCUGUAAUCGAACCAACAAAUGCUGAUGCUCCAGAUAAUCGAGUAGUCUAAAGAAGGCCAAUUUUAUUGCUUCUUUAAUCAGAACGACUUUUUUCAGCUGUGCUAACAUAAUUGCAAAAGCGUUUUCUAAUGAUCAAUUAGCCUUUUUAAAAUUAUAAACUUGGAUUAGCUAUAAACUAUCAAAAUAAAGUCGCACACUCCA